UUGUUCCUGCUGCUGUUUAGUGUUUAUAUUUUUGGUGCUUCCUUUUACGUCUUUGUAUUGGAGGGUACAUGCAAAUAAGCACUUCAUUGCACUUGUGCGUAUGACGAGAAACUGAACUGAAAGCUACUGUCUCUUUAAGGAUUUAGAGCUCCGUGUUUGUACUCCACCUUCUCAUUUAAUCGGUCUGAAAGACAGAGUAUCAUUCUGCUCUUGUGACAAGUGAGCUCAAAUAGAGUUGAACGUCAUUGAAAACAGCGAAAAAGCAUUCCAAAGGCCUUUUAAUGGAAGUUUGCUGUCUUGGAAGACUUCCGCCUCAGGAGUGUGGAGUGUGAUUCUCCCCAGGUUUCUGUGAAGAUCACGAUGGCGUGGAUCUGAGCCCAGAGUGUGGAAGUUCCCCUUGCCUGUGGGUUGGCGGAUCUCCUUGGCUGGUGCACGUCACCCUGAGAAGCAGAACCAUGGUGAGCCCAUUUCGGAUCUGCGCCCCGGCGGUACGCUUCUGUCAGAAGCUGAACCGGCUCAAGACCUUGGAGGAUGACAUGAUGGAGACCUCCCUGAAGAGGUGCCUGUCCACUGUGGAUCUGGCCCUGCUGGGGGUUGGGGGCAUGGUGGGCUCGGGCCUGUAUGUCCUGACUGGCACUGUGGCCAAAGAUACUGCCGGGCCGGCUGUGGUCAUCUCUUUCCUCAUUGCUGGCAUAGCCUCCUUGAUGGCCGCCCUGUGCUAUGCUGAGUUUGGUGCCCGGGUGCCAAAGACUGGAUCUGCUUACAUGUUCACCUACGUGUCUGUGGGCGAGAUAUGGGCCUUUUUGAUUGGCUGGAACGUGGUUUUAGAGUACAUGAUUGGAGGAGCCGCUGUGGCACGGGCCUGGAGUGGCUACCUGGACUCCAUUUUCAAUCACACCAUUAAGAACUUCACAGAGACCCAUAUUGUACACUGGAACGUGCCCUUCAUCGCCCACUAUCCCGACCUCUUGGCAGCUGGCAUUCUCCUUGUGGCCACCUGCUUCAUCUCCUUUGGCGCCAAAGUCUCCUCGUGGCUCAACCACAUCUUCUCGGCUAUCAGCAUGGCCGUCAUCGUUUUCAUCCUCAUCUUUGGCUUCAUCCUGGCCGAGCCGGCCAACUGGAGCAAGAAGGAGGGUGGUUUUGCUCCUUUUGGCAUUUCAGGGAUCAUGGCUGGCACGGCAACCUGCUUCUACGCCUUUGUUGGGUUUGACGUGAUUGCCGCCUCGAGCGAAGAGGCGAAGAACCCGCAGAAGGCCAUCCCCAUAGCAACGGCGGUGUCACUGGUCCUGGCAGCUUCCGCCUACAUCCUGGUCUCGAUGGUUCUCACCCUGAUGGUGCCCUGGCACUCCCUGAACGCCGACUCUGCCCUGUCUGACGCCUUCUACCGGCGGGGGUACAACUGGGCGGGCUUCAUUGUGGCCAUCGGGUCAAUCUGUGCCAUGAACACAGUCCUUCUCAGCAAUCUCUUCUCCCUCCCCCGCAUCAUCUAUGCCAUGGCAGAAGAUGGCCUCUUCUUCCAGAUCUUCUCCAGGGUCAACCCUGUGACGAAGGUGCCUGUGAUCGCCAUUGUGGUGUUUGGGAUCCUCAUGGCGUUGCUGGCACUCAUCUUCGACCUGGAAGCACUAGUCCAGUUUCUGUCCAUCGGGACUCUUUUGGCCUACACCUUCGUGGCAGCCAGCGUGAUCGUGCUGAGGUUUCAGCCUGAGAAAACCAGCUCCUCUUCCACCUGCAGCUCGGGCACCAACCCAGAAGCCACAACGUCCGAGUCCCACCCCUCAGCCCAGGACAGCGGGGAACUAAAAGAGUACGAAUCCUUCUCUGACAAGCUGCAGCUGGUGGAAAUACAGAAGAAGGCCAAGGAGCGCAAAGAACCUGGGCAGCUGAAGGCAGCCUUUGAACCUUACCUGAAGUUCCUUAGCAACUUUGAACCGGGGGAGGUGGUGGCCUUCUCAGUCCUGGCUCUGAUGGUGUGCACAUUGUGCCUAUGUGCCGUUCUGGUUUUUGGCAACAGCCACCUGGAUCUGCCCAUCUGGAGCUUCUCCAUGCUAGUCAUCAUCUUCGGGUUAGGUUUCCUCACCAGCCUGGCUCUAAUCUGGGUCCACGAGCCACAACACAACACAAAGACGUUCCAGGUGCCCUUAGUGCCCUUGAUUCCUGGCUUGAGUAUCUUGCUGAACGUGUUCCUCAUGCUGAAGCUCAGCCCCAUGACUUGGAUCCGGUUCUCCGUCUGGCUGGCUGUGGGGCUGGUGGUCUACUUCGGCUACGGCAUCUGGCACAGCAAGGAGAACCUGCGGGAGUCCAAGCCGCGCGACGUCUGCGCCCGCUACGUGGUGCUGCCCAGCGGCAGCCUGGUAGAGACUGUGCAGGCCGUGCAGCCAGAGCCCCAGGAGCCCAGCAGGCAGAUAUCCCCCUCAGAGGAGGAGCGGGGCAAGAGAUGAAGCCCCCGGAGGCCCCUGACCCCCAGCCGAUGCCUUCAGGCACCUUCUUUCUCUUCCUGUUCUUCAUCCUGUUCUGUACCAGUAGGGGGCAGUGCUGUGCCUGUCCAGCUGGGCACGGGCACUGUUCUCGCUGAGUGCGCUGGGGUCGUGCGGCCUCAUGCUUCUUGUGUGCUGGUGAGCUUGCCAGUCGUCUAUAUCAUGGACAGGGCUUUAUCUGUUGUUUUCUGUGCUUCAUUGUUCUCUCAUUUUCCUUUCCUGUAUCUUCCUUGGGUCUCUUGCUCAAUCCAGGUUUCCUAGAUACUCUUUAGAUUCCAGUGUCCUUUCUCUUUAAACCACGUCCUUGACUGUUUCACAAGUGAAUGUGGGUGGGCUUUGUUAAAUGAUGGAUUGUCCAUCCUUGCUGGUCAUAUCUGGGACAAGGCGCCUUAUUCUGUUUUUGUCAGUAAUACAUUUUCAGCUGCAGGGCCGGCAGCUUGGUCAUAAGGCACAGGGUGUAAAAAAGUUUUUUCUUAUUGUGUGCAAACCUCAUUACCCAGAUACUCAUAUUUGAUGUCCAAGGGAUUUUGACUCUCUUCCAGGCCAGUUCACUUUGGCUCUGAAAUGACAUGGCAGACCUGGGCCUGAACCAGCACAGCAAAAGGCAAUUGCAGCAAAAGACGCUUAUUGUUUUUGGGAAAAUAUAUCAAGACAAAGGUCAGUUUUAAGUGAAUUAAACUGACUUUAAGGAUUAAAGGAUUGGACUUUAAAGAUUGGAAUUUGUAAAAUUUAUCUUUGGAAAACUGGACUCCUGGACCCUGUUAAUAUUUGUUUUUGACAAUAUUUUCACUUCAAAAGGUUGAAAACUGAAUGAUACAAUUUAACAAUGACUCAGAUUGAGAAGGACUAGGUCCUCUCUUCGUGUUCCUGUGACAAAGGUACAUGGUGUGUGAAUCCCUUUUCACCUUCUCAUCCUUAAAUAAUGCUCCGCCAGGCCUGUCCGCUUAAACCUGGUCUGGGGUUCUAGACACGGGGGUGAAGGUACCCUGUCUUUUAAUGUAAGAAUGUCAUGGGUAUAGUUUAGCCAGCCUGAAAAGACAGAAGUCUGGUGUUCCAAAGAAGGGUGAAAGAUUGGAAUGAUUGCGCACCAGUAGGAAUCAUGUGCCCAGGAAUUGCAGGCAGAGGGAUUCUGCAGUAACAUGCAAACUAUUUUUCUUCUACUUUUUAAAGCAGAUCUAGACACAUUCUGUUUCUUCUGUCCUCUGUCUUUGAACACAACUGCAUGCUCACGAUAAAUCGAUGUCAUUUUUGAGUCAAAAAGAAAAUAUUGCGUACAUCACGAUGAGGUACAGAAUAGAUCUUCUGUUAUUAAUGUAUCCUUGUGAUGUUGUUCACAUUUUACUGUUUGCCUUGUGCUGUGUUGUGGAAACAGCAAAAAUAAUUUUGUUCGACAGGCUGAAAUACAUGAUUUAUGUCAAUUUACAUGAAGUAUACUUUACCUGUCCCUUUUGUUCACUGUGUCAUAAGAACAGAAGCCAAAAGCAGAAAUAAAUCUAGAGCAGAAAGUGCAUUUUCUGCAUAGUUCUUCAGAAGAAAGCAUGAGAAUGAGUUUUCUGAACUUUCAACAGAAAGGCACAUACUAACUGUCUGCACAGAAAGUAUCUUCACUGCACACAGUAACUGGUCACCAGCCUUCACUGUCAUACUGUAUGCCUCUGAUAUCCUGUUUUGGCCUCUUUCAAUCCAAUCACAGAAGAAAGAAUAAUGCUACUGUCCCUAUGGAUAUUACUGAUGACAUGUUUUUCUUGUUGCACGUUGAAACAUCAGUUUGACAAAGUGGACAUUUUGGUGUAAUGGUGAAUACUGGGUGGGUCUCCAGAAGGCUCACAUACAACGAGAGCCCUAUUUGUCUUUAUGAUGGUGGCAUCACCCCUUCCAUAGAGGAUGAAUACCUUUAUUCUGUCAAUCUGUUCAAAUCAAUUACUGUAUCUGUUGCAGAGCUUGGCUUUAAAAGUGUUGUUUACAGUACAAAAAUCUACUUUUAAAUCACUCUGACGAGCCAUUUACAGCUUUUUAUAAUAACUAUUUGUACGGAACUCCAUUUACUACAAAAUCUAAAAUUGUUUUGAGACAUUUGUCACAUUACUGUUGGAAAUAGAUAUAUAGAUGCAAUAUGCAAAUAUUGAUUGUAAAUUAAUUAAAUUAUACUUAAAUUUCCACAAGAAAUGACAGAACUAAAUCACAGAACCAAGGACAGAAUUAUUUUUUAGAUUUGUGAUUAUCUAUUGCAGAUCAAGCUCCAGUAUUCAUGAAAAUGGCAACAUAUAAAUGGUAGGUUCACAUGUUGUGACUGUACAGAGCAGUUGGCAAAAGAGAUAAACCAGCUUUGUUUAAAAAUACAGAGCAUAUCCUGCUGAGUUACUAACCCGAAUGAGGAACAAGGUGCCAGUUCUUACUUUCAGGCCGGUAGCUGCGUCAGCAUGCAUAGGCCACAAAGGAACAAGUAAGAGGUUUAUUCCCUGCUGAAAAGAGAAGAAAGAAAAUACAACAUUUCGACCGUGGAGCCUUCUUCAGGUGUGUUCUUCACACCUGAAGAAGACUCCAUGACCGAAACUUUGUGAGUUCUCACUUAGUACCUUGCAAGCUUGAUUGGUAUUUCGCACAACUCUGGUCGUGGGCAGCUCCAGUCCUUCAGGUUUUAAAGUGUCUUCAGUCAGCAGUUGAAAAACACUUUGAACUAAUUAGGACAAUGACUGGUUCCUUUAACUGUCCCUUUUGUUCAUGUGGGAUUUACUCCCACACUCCAAAAACAUGUUGGCAGAUGAAUUGGCUUCUGGGUGCAGUGGUCCUGGUGUGAGUGUGUAUCUGUGUAUCUGCCCUGGCUAGGGUGGAAGAGAGUCUGCUUUAAUCCCGUUAGUUGCGGGGAUGGGCUCCAGUUCCACCUGGAUUGGAAGAAACAAUUAGAAAAUGGAUGGAUAGCUGUAUUAAGUACAGUACCUGAAUGCUCCUAGAGUGAAAACCUGAAAGCUCUGUGGUUCUUCAGCUCAAGGGGAGGAGGUCCCCUUGUUAGACUAUUUGGGAGAGCCUGUCCAGCCUGAAUCAGGAUUUGCAUUUUGUUGAAGUUUUACACUUGUGGUCUCAGGCUAUGUCAGCUCAUUCCCUUGAAGCAGUUGUUCUUCCAGAAUGUGUGGAGCUUGCAAAAAGGCUGAGGAUGGAUUAGGUUCCAGCAGUUGUGGUUGGUGAACUGCUCAGGUUUUCUGUUUGAUCCGUAUGGCUUUACUGAUAUCCUCAGAACCAGCUUUUGCGAAAGCUGUGAUUCUGCUUUCAAAUUUGUUUCCCAUUCACUUGCUGCUUUAUGGACAGAGUUCCAUGUUUUCAGUUUUUAUUGAUAGAUUGCUGGUUUUUAUCGUUGAAGACUUUCCAGUUUUACAGUCUUUCAUUUCACUCAAUGCAUAUGAGGGUAUUUUCUGUGGAACACUAGCAGACGAAGUGCUUUUGCACUAUUUCAGGCUAGAAGAGCUGAACUGUAAAGCUCACUGCAGAGCCUGUGUUCUGGCUGCCUCCUGUAAUUUAUGUGAGCCCAUUGUACCGUGGUGUGGUCCAGGACACAGGGUAAGGUUCUGCUCAUUUUCUUAUUACACCAAUGAUAUAAUGUCUUGAAGAUGAGUCUUAUUAGAAAGUAGACUUUUUGAAAAUGAAUCCUUGUUUGUGGAUACAACAAGGUCUGUCGAUGCAGUUACCGCAGACCUGUUUUAAGAGGAUACCUUUUAUUUUUUCGUAAUGUGAAAUCAGUUUAAGCACUGUUACCUGAACGGGACUUUAGUGGUGCAAGAAGGGCGUUUCUUUCCUAUGUGUGAGGCGAUUUAGGUUCUUGGGGAUGAAAGGAGUUACAUAAGUAAUUUUCAGGAUAUUGCUGAAGAAUGCAUUUAUAUAUAUUUAUUUAAACCAUUUUCUUUAACUCCAAUUCAUUUUGGUGUUAGAAAUGGAAAAAUAUGAAUUCCCUAUAUUUUUUUAAAUAACUGAAAAUAGCAGAAUACUGUAAACGCUUGUAUUUUCUUUCUUCUGUGCAGUGUCCUUUUCUCUCUUUUGUAACUACUGUAUGCUUUUCUCAUUGCCUCGGUCAGCGAAAGAAAGGGCUACCUACUGGGAAGACACACUGGUGACUGAAUGGAGGAAUCUAUCCUAUCUGAAAUAUCCUACUUCAUCUCAACUGUGCAUGUCUAAUAUCAUGGGUCAGGGGACUAUUUUAGCUCUGUCAUUAAAAAUGUCCUGCCGAGGAGUGUGAGUGACCUCUUGUUUAUAGGUGUUUUUUUGUGGAUUUUGCAAAUAUUUUCAAUACUGGGAGACACUGAACCUAGUUUCAAACUAGUGCAUGAAAAUGAAAUGGUACAAGAUAGAAAUGUGCUAGUGCUCCAAUGUUCCUCCAGUGUGCCCUCCUCUUCUGUCUGCGUCACUGCUUUCCAAAGAGAUCAAUCUAUCGUCACCACACUUUUGGCAUUCCAAUUGAAGAGAUGACCGUUCUAAAUUUUUAGUAUGUGUAUAUACAUAAAAUGAUAACCAAUGGCCUUAAUGAAGUUGUAAAAACUACUAAUGCAUUCCUGUAUCAGACUUCUCACUUUUAAAAGGCUGCAUGAAAUAAUGUUUUGAUAAUUUGGACUGUUUCUAGGAGUUGGUUGGGAUGACAUCGAUUGAGGAGUUUCACUGCUUUGUAACCACAGGCUAAGAUGAAAGGCUCUUGAUUCAUCUACUCAUAAAGGAACUGUUCAUGAGCCCUCUUCAGACUCUAUUAAUUGGUCCUAAUCAUCUGCUCAGUAAUUUUAAUUGAAAUUGUAACUGGUCAAUUAAUACACAAUAGACUGGAGGUUUAAAGUCUUCUCCAGUUAGUCAUGCCAGAUGACUCCCAGGAAUGAGAAUGCAAAUGUUUCAUGCAGCUCUGACUGUUAAAAAGCAAAAUGCCUGAUCUUCAUUCUCCUCCAGAUUGCUUUUUAACACAUUUUUGUGGAUAUUGUCAUUUUAAAAAAGAUGUUGUCUUUUUAUUUCUGUAUUUAUUUUGGUUUCUUUUCAAAGCUUUCCAGAUCUGAGGGAGUAACCUGUUCAAAAGUACUUCUCUUUCACCUCUCUUUAUGAAGUAGUGUUGAUGAGAAUAAAGAAAUACACUAUAUACAUGUAAUACACUGUACUGUACCUGCAUCACUAUGGGAGAUGUUUUCUAUGUAGUGUGAAAGUGCAAGAGAUGAAGCUACAAAAUCCAGAAGUGGAUUCCAUGCCGUUCUGCAGGAGGUGGAAGGAGCAGUAUUGGCCCUGAAUGGAAUGGGGUUUUUUCCAGCACAUUACUGUUCCAGAAUAAAGCUGGGCGCUGAAGGCAGAGCGAAGGUGAUUGCUGCUAGUUGUCUCUCUCAGUUCUCUUGUACUCUCUCACCGCUCUGUCUCCUCUGUCACUGAGCACUGUUCAGCCCUCUGCUGGGACAGCUGUAUGGACUGUAGGGUACCUGUGUACACCUGGGUAGGCUUCUUUCUUGUUGUAUUUAUUUAACAAGAGACUGUGAUAUUUAGUGAAUAAAUGUUUUGAAGCAGCA